CAAAGAGCUGCUGCAACUUGAGUUCUUUGUCCUCGGAUCCGAAAUGAGUCAAUCCCAGUACCACCCACGUUCGCUUCGUAUCUCAACGCUGUUGCCAUGUGACUGGCAUCUUUCAAUCACUUAAGGAUCUGGCUGUCACCCAUUGUCGAAUUGCCUCCCAUAGUCCAAGCCCUUCUCCGGGACUCUCAACACACAUCAUGGCGACAGCAGCCGGGGAUGGUGCCUCGGCCGGCGAGCUCCGCCUCAUCGACAUCAAGCCAUUGCUCGCAAGGCUCUGGCCCGUCGGACACCCAGACACUGUCUCGCCAGACGAGAUCGCUGAGGCUAUCUCGUACUUCUUUACGAACCAGGUCUCGGAAGUCCACGCCGGCGCCUUGCUGAUGACCCUCCAUUUCACCGGCCUAGACCGGCAGGCAGAGGUGCUGGCCAAGACAGCAGAGUGCAUGCUCAAGGCUGCGGCGAAGAUUGAUGAGCCGGCUCUUCGUGCAGUCAUCGACGGAAGGCGCAGAAAGGAAGGGGAAUACCGGGGUGGAUUGGUCGACAUUGUGGGCACAGGAGGCGAUUCGCACAACACCUUCAACAUCAGCACGACCGCCUCGAUCCUCGCCUCCAGCCUCCUCCUCAUCGCCAAGCACGGCAACCGAGCAUCCACCUCCAAAUCCGGCUCGGCCGACCUCCUGGCCUGCAUGCAGCCGCAGGCGCCCCAAAUAGCGCGCAUCCGCCCGGACACCAUUGCCUCGCUCUACAGCAACACCAACUAUGGCUUCCUGUUCGCCCCCGUAUUCCACCCGGGCAUGCGCUACGUGGCUCCGAUCCGGAAACAGCUGCCCUGGCGAACAAUCUUCAACCUCGUCGGGCCGCUCGCCAACCCAACCGACCUCAACCCCACCUCCACCAGCACCACCGGCCCGCUCCUCGAAGCGCGCAUGAUCGGCGUAGCGCGCAAGGACAUCGGCCCCGUCUUCGCGCACGCCCUGCAGCUCGCCGGCGCGCGCAAGGCGAUGGUGGUCUGCGGCGACGAGGAGCUAGACGAGAUCAGCUGUGCGGGCGACACGCUGUGCUGGCGGAUCCGGCCGGCGGACGACGACCCGUCCGCCGAGCCGGGCACCGCCGCCGUAGUGACGGAGCACUUUCGCCUGCACCCGCGCGACUUUGGCCUGCCGGCGCACCCGCUCUCCGAGGUAUCGCCGGGCAAGGAGCCCACCGAGAACGCGGGUAUCCUGCGGCGGAUCUUGGACGGCGAGAUGCCCGAGGACGAUCCGAUUCUGCACUUUGUGCUGAUUAACACGGCCGCGCUGUUCGUCUUGUCGGGGAUAUGCGAGGCUGACACGAGUAGUUUGGGGUAUGGUGAUGAUGGGGUUGUCAUCAAGGAGCGUGGGCCGGGCGGAGGACGGUGGAAGGAGGGUGUAAGGAGGGCACGCUGGGCGAUCAAGAGUGGCGAGGCGGCGAGGCAGUGGGCGAAGUUUGUGAAGGUGACAAAUGGGUUCACUGAGAUUUAGCUGGGGAGUGGCUGCUUGAUCGCUUAGACAGAUGUUGCGGCUCAUGGCGAUGGCGGUUAGAGGUAGGGGAGGAUCAGCAGCAAUACGGCGAGGGCGUUCCUAAUUCUUGAUCAUGAUCUGCGUGGCUAGAGCUUUUAAGCCGGACCCGAGUUGUAUUUGAAUACAUAUUUGAGUGAGUAGGGAUAACCAGGGCAUUUGAGUUGGGAUGACCUUGAAGAUGACUCUCAGCU